CAUCCUCAAACGUCCCAUCCACACGCCGCAGCGACUGGGACGAGCCGACGAGCUGUCCCACGGCACUCACACCCCACCCCUACUGGGCAAGGCGCUGGAGUGACGGCAUCAGCCACCCUCUGCUGGCCAGACCGGAAUGAGCUAAAGUGACGCCGGUGACAGUCUCGAGGGCAUCAAGGGAGGGGGGCGGGUGCAGGGUGGACGGGAGGGGCGGUUGAUGUCGCUGCAGUGACUGCAUCUCCCUGCUGCUUAGGUGGGCGCCCUCCAAUAAUUGGAUUGUGUGUCCUCAGCGUGCCGCCCUGCAUGCUGGCUGCCCGGCGGCCGGCAAUGUACCCCUCGAUCAUGGCUAUGAAGACGUCGAUGCACCAGAGGGCGGCAUUCAUGGGAUAGCGCAAGACGAUAGCUGCCAGCCGUGUAAGCCGGGCCGCCCAUUUGGUGACCAGAUCCAGAGGGACACGCUGCCAGAUGCGCCGCUCGGCCGCGCCACUGCUGUCGAUGGUGACGGUGUGAUGCUUCGGCAGUGAGUGCUCCCAUGUGUUGCCGGACAGCUGGACGAGUAGACAGAGGGGGAGGAAGGCCGUGAUGCAGGUGAGCAGACCCGGCUGCACAAAACGAACACAAACAGCGACAGUGAGCCAUCGCCCGUCCAUUGUUGUGUGCGUGAUUUCCUCACCGUGUCUGAGAUCUUCUGCCUCAGUUCCCUCUCCCUCUCCUCUCUCUGUGCCCGUCGCCGCCCUUGGUCGCUCGCAGCACCAGGAGUACCAGCAGCAGAAGAUGACGGCUCGGCGGUGCGGAAUCGAUGGGCCUACAACGAUACACACAAACGAGUGAACGACGCCGACUUACACAUCCAGACACACACUAUGGCAGGGCGUCCAUUCAUCGUGCAGCAAAAUGCAGCCUCACCUGACGGCCGUCAUCGGCAGUUGCAGCAUCAGACAUGGUCGUCCAUCACACGAUGAAGCGAACAGCAGACUUCGCUGCGGAUGAAGAACAGACAUGUCGACGCCGUUCAACAAAGCACCUGCAGCAUGAGAAAGAAUGCUUGUGAUGGAUGCUUUGCGUCCGUCGCUGUUUGUCCGCCUCCGCGCACACUUACUUGUGUCGUUCAUCGGUCUGUCAUCGAUACGUCAAUGGAAUGCAGUGCAUUCUGAUCAGCG